CCCCCAAGCCCCUCUAGCCACCGACUCAUUUCUUUGAGAAAAUUGGUGACCAAGCUUGGGAUUUUCUCCCUCUUUUCUUGAUAAGUAACAAGAUUUGGGGCUUAGAAUUCUCUCUCAACCCAGAAAUUUCCGGAUCUGCUCUUCUCUUCCUCCCCUGUCCGCCGGCUGCUAUGUGGGUUUGAAUUUCUGGGCAUUUUUCGGUAGCCAUGAGUUUCCCCCUGCAAAUUGCCGCUGGCAUCUUCUCCCUGCUAGCCCCGGUUUGCUUCCUGGAAUUCUGGUUCUGAUCGUUCUGUCAGUUAGCACUGAGAUUGAGUGCUCGGUUUUAUGCGAGUGAGGUAAGUAAAUUAUGGUAAUGCCUUUCGAUUUUAAGGCAUGUUUUGAUUUGUUUUUGAAAUGGUGGCGGGACUAAACCCAUUUUAUACAAGUAAGUAUGACUGAUUUGAAGUGAAAGUUUUAUGCUUUUCAUUGAAUUAAACAUGCCUACUUGGAAUUUAAGUGAUUGUCCUGAUGAUCUGAAAGUGAUUGUGAAUUGUGAUUUUCCUGUUAACUUUUGCCUGUUUUGUCUCCGAUAUGGUCAUGUAUUAGUGACCCUGCUAGUGGGGGAGGUUAUAAACGCUAGCACAUGUCGACAUGUUAUUGAUAGAACCGUUCGUUUGAGUGACCCUGCUUGUGGGGGUUAUACACCAGCAACUCGUGACCCUGCUUGUGGGGGUUAUACACCAGCAACUCGUGACCCUGCUAGUGGGGAUUGUACACUAGUAAAUCGUGUGCCCGCUAGUGGGAGGAAGCGAAACCGAGGACGGGAAACCAUGGGAAGUGACGAGUUAGAAGGCUAACCAUUUUGAGAUUAAUAUAGAUUUUAGAAAUAAAUCAUCCUGGUGUAAGGUAGAUUUAUUCUUGAGAUUUUGUGAUUUGAAUAAGUUCCGAGCCUUGUGCACUUGUGAGACCUGUCUCACGAGUGUACGGCGUCUGUUACGCCCUCGAAUUUGGGUUCUGGGGCGUGACAGAUAAAGUGGUAUUAGAGCUUAGGUUUGAUUAAGAUUUCAUGAUGUGAGAGUCUAGGUUUAAGUAAAUACCUAGGAUUUGUUUUGGAUUUGGAUAGCCAAUGGAUUUUAGAACCGUGGUGAGAUGAGUGAUGGGUUAUACAAGGGAUGAUUUUAAUAGCAAAUCUCGGUGAUUUGAGUUAGUUUUGGAAAAUUUUGUUUGGAUAAUGAACUGAGCUGACAGUGAUAAAUUUGGAAUUUGUGUUCGGAAAUGUUGAUGAUUUCAGUGUCUGUGUGAAUCUGCUUGUAAGCUUCUGCUUUGGAUUUAAAAUAAGUUAUUUUGCAUUUAUAGCGGUGAUUAAUUUGGUUCAUUUCUCUUGUUUCAAUCUUAUGAUUUUGGUUCAAUAUAUCUGUUUGAUAUUUGAUGAUUUUUGAGUGGAUAACUUGGUUUGCCUGUGUAAUGAACUUAGAUGUGAAGU